AUACCAAGCUAAGAAAGCAAUCACUGUUAGCAAAAGAAAAAUACAAUCGCAGAUUUCGGGGUGACGUACUUUGAAUAGUUUGAGAUGAAUAGGGUUGCGUUGAGGUCCGUGAUCGGAGGUCUGCGCAGUGGCCGGAGCUGGAACCAGUACAUUUCUCCUGCUGCAGCUAGGAAUGUUGAGAGUGCGGAGUUUCAGUGGAGGAAGAUGAUGAGCACGGGGUCGGCUUCAGCUGAGAAAGAGGAGAAGGAGAGUGAAGUGAAGAAAGUGGAGGAUAGCACGGUGGUUUCGAAUUACUGGGGGAUUAUGAGGCCCAAGAUUACUAGGGAGGAUGGGACUGAGUGGCCGUGGAAUUGCUUCAAGCCAUGGGAUACUUAUCGAGCAGACACGUCCAUCGAUCUGAGCAAGCACCAUGUGCCCAAGAAUUUUCAGGACAGAGUUGCCUUCAGGGCUGUCAAGUUUCUUCGAGUUCUAUCAGAUCUUUACUUCAAGGAGCGGCAUGGAUGCCACGCAAUGAUGUUGGAAACUGUCGCAGGUGUCCCUGGCAUGGUGGGAGGAAUGGUGCUGCACUUAAGAUCUCUCCGGAGGUUCGAGCACAGUGGUGGUUGGAUCAAAGCUUUGCUUGAAGAAGCAGAGAAUGAGAGGAUGCACCUUAUGACAGUAGGGGAACUCGUGAAGCCCGUGUGGCACGAGAGACUACUGGUUCUGGCUGCGCAGGGAGUGUUCUUCAAUGCCUUCUUUGUGUUCUAUUUGCUUUCCCCCAAGAUUGCACAUAGAUUUACUGGGUACCUGGAGGAGGAAGCUGUAAUAUCUUACACAGAUUAUUUGAAGGCUAUUGAAGAUGGCAAAAUUGAAAAUGUGCCGGCUCCUGCUAUAGCCAUCGACUACUGGAGGCUACCUAAAGAUGCAAGACUUCUUGAUGUUAUUACUGUGAUUCGUGCUGAUGAAGCUCACCAUCGUGAUGUCAACCAUUUCGCAUCUGAUAUUCAAUUUCAGGGAAAAGAACUGAGAGAAGCACCGGCUCCCAUUGGUUAUCACUAAGCAAGACUUGUAUGUGAAAAUCUAAAGAUCAAUUUCUACCUAAUAUAAUCUACCCAUCUU